AUGGAAGGCGAAUUUGAAAUGUCCAUGAUGGGUAAGUUAAACUACUUCCUUGGGUUGCAAAAUAAACAAACAAAGAACGCCAUAUUCAUCAAUCAAUCAAAAUUUUGCAAAGAGCUUCUUAAAAUAUUUGACAUGGAUAUUUUCAAAGAUAUAGCAACUCCGAUGGGAUCAGACACAUAUCUCGAUCAAGAUGAAUAUGGACUUUCUAUUGAUAUCAAUAAAUAUCAAGCAAAUCCGAAGGAAUCUCAUCUCACCGCCGUUAAAAGAAUCAUCAAGUGUCUCAAAGGAACAACAAAUGUUCGACUAUGGUAUCCUAAAGGCAAUAUUUACAAUUUCAUUGGUUAUUCUGACACAGAUUAUGCAGGAUGUAAAACUGAUAGAAAAAUCACUAGUGGUACUUGUCACAUUCUUGGAAAUGCAUUAGUAUUUUGGGCUUGCAAGAAACAAGCAUGUGUUGCGCUAAGCACUGCCGAAGAAGAGUACAUAGCAGCAGUCAGUUGUUGUAUUCCUCUACGUUGUGACUAA